GAACUGAUCAAUAUUCACUCGUUUCUGCUGAACCUUAUCCGGGCCAAGAAUCUGCAUUAUUACAUUGUAAUUUAACUUGUACGCAGUGGAGUUGCUGGAGUAUCAAAUUAUAAUUUUCAUACAACUAUACUGAUAAAGAUGGCUGAUGCAUUUGUAACCGAUCUGGCUAGUGGUCUGGUUUUCAAGCAUGUUUCACUUGCAGCUGAAGAAUUGAUCCAGGCUUGGAAUCUUCAGGAAAAUCUUGUAAUGCUGCAAGAAAGGUUGGAAGAGAUUGAUGCUCUCUUGUCCGAUGCUCAUAGCAAAAGACUAAACAUGUCUACUGUCCAGAGCUGGUUCAACAAACUGCAGGCUGUUGCUCGUGUAGCUGAUGCUUUUAUGGAUCAACUUGCUUAUGAAGUCACUCGAAGACAGGUUGAAAAUCGUAGUACGUUGAGGGACUUCUUUUCUACCAAGAAUAGCAUACUUUAUCGUUUUAAAGUUGCUUAUAAGAUCAAGUCUAUCAACUCUUCUUUCGACAAAAUUUUUGAAUGGGCUAUAAAACUCGGGCUUCAGCCUGUGGCGCAAUUAACUACUGCUGUGCAGCCCAGGGAAAUGCGCAAUACUCCACCCUUUGAAGAUGAGUCACUAAUAGUUGGAAGAGAUGAUGAAAUAUCCUUUUUAGUCGAAACAGUGUGCACAAAUUAUGCUGAGGAUUUACCUGUCAUUGCUGUAUGGGGGAUGGGAGGUCAAGGCAAAACAACUCUUGCUCGUAUGGUUUACAAUAGAGAUGUUGUAACUGAUAUGUUCAAGAAGAGGAUGUGGGUCACUGUAUCAGAUGAUUUUGAUUUCAUCAAGAUUUUAAAUCAAAUGGUUUCUUCCCUCACUUCAACUGCUUCCAUGUUAGAAAAUCCAGAAGGUCUCAUUAAGAAACUUCAAAACUCUCUAAGGGGGGUAAAGUUUUUACUCGUCUUGGAUGAUGUCUGGAAUGAGAGACCAGAGGAGUGGGAUAACUUAAAGAAUUCCUUGCUCGGGGUUGGUGGGGCGGGUGGAAGCAAGAUUUUAGUCACGACUCGAAAACAGAAAGUGGUUGAUGUCAUGAGCUGUUUUAUUACUCAUAGAGUAGAGAAACUAUCAAAAGAAAACAGCUGGGAAUUGUUCAAGCGAAGAGCAUUUUCACGAGGAGUUUUAGAGACGGCGAGAUAUGAGGCCAUGGGAAGAAGAAUGGUGGAAAGGUGUGGUGGCCUGCCUUUGGCAAUAAAAGCACUAGGGGGUUUACUGCACUCUAAGAGGUCUGAGCAAGAGUGGUUUCGGAUUCAAGAAAGUGCAACGUGGGAUUCGAAUGAUGAUGUAUUGCCUUCCUUGAGGUUGUCUUAUGAUAAUCUACCUCAUUCUUCUCUAAAGAAAUGUUUCGCAUAUUGUUCAAUUUUGCCAAAGGAUUCUAUUAUCUGGAAAGAUGAAAUGGUACGUCUAUGGACGGCAUUAGGAUUCCUUUUGCCACCUAAAGGUAGCAAUAAGCUGAUGGAAGAUAUAGGGAGCGAAUACUUUAACAUAUUGUUGUGGAAUUGUUUGUUACAAGAUGGAGGAAGGGAUUCGAAUGGCGACUUUUGUUACAAGAUGCAUGAUCUAGUACACGAUCUUGCACUAGAUCUGUCCGAACAUCAUUCUGUAACUGUGAAGGCUGAUCAUGAGUUAAACUAUAUUUCCAAGGCCAUAUAUGUGAGGGCUGAUGAAGGGAUUUCAAAUAUUAAGCCACCCAUUCUUAAGAGAAAUUUUGAGAAAGUACAAGUAUUAUACGCAAAUGCUCGCAUUGUCCGUGACUUGGUGCCUUACCCCAGUCACUUGAUUGGUUUAGUUCUAGAAAGAAGUAAUGAAUUAGAUAGGUUGCCAAGUUCAUUGAGCAAUCUGAAGUAUCUUAAGUAUUUGGAUAUCUCAAGGUGCUUCACUAGGAAUAAAUUACCUGAUUACAUUUCGAGACUCUACAACUUGCAGACUUUGAGCGUUCGGAGUGCAACACAGCUUCCAAGAAAGAUUUGCAACUUGAUCAAUUUAAGACAUAUUCUUGUCGCUUAUGAGGUUGAGUUGGUGAGUUCGGACAUGUUCGCUAAGAUAGAGAGGUUAACUUGUCUUCAAACACUGCCUCGAUUUGUUGUGAGUAGAGAUCAUCAGUGUCAUGUUGGACAACUGGGGAGUUUAAAAAAUCUUCGAGGUACUCUGCAGCUUUAUGGCCUUGGUGAUGUAGAAAAUAUGGAAGAAGCCAGGAAGGCGAGUUUGCAUACAAAAUCGAAUAUUGAGCAUUUAACGUUAGUGUGGAGAAAGGAUGAAGAUGUGAUGGAAGAAAAAGAAUACAACGAUGAGGAUGUGAUGGAAGGAUUAGAACCUCAUGCAAAUCUAAAAGCAUUGGAUGUUGGCAACUUUAUGGGAAAGAAGUUUGCAGCAUGGAUUACAUUCAUGACAAACUUGGAAGUUAUCACCUUCAAAAAUUGCAAAAGAUGUGAAGAGUUUCCGCAGCUGGGUCAUCUUUCUAAAUUGAGGAGUAUUUAUAUAUCAGGGAUGGAUAACGUCAAGUUUAUAAGCAGCCAUUUAUGUGGAGGUCAGGGUAGCAUUAGGAGUGAAUUAGAUGAAAAUGGGGCAGAAGAAACAGUUGCAACAAUGUAUCCGUCAUUGAAAAAUCUUUAUUUAUGGGAUAUGCCAAAGCUAGAAGAAUGGGUAGACCCAUCUAUGGAUACAAGCGGUGAAGACCCACAUAAUGUGCUAGCAUUUCCUAAACUCGAGAUGUUAGUUAUUCAGAGAUGUUCAAAGUUGACGAGGAUUCCAAGUAGUUGUUUUCCGUUGAUGAAGACACUGCAUAUCACAGACUUGGACAGCAGCAAGCUACUGGAAUCAUUGAGCGGAAAGGCAUGCGGUCUCACAUGCCUAGACCUCGAUAAUAUCGGUGGCGGAGUAGGGUGCUCUUCCUCUUCCUCUUUGCCUUGUUCAAGUAUGAACUGCAUAAUGGGCGAGCUCUUGAAAAACAAUUCUGUGUCUUUGGAAACUUUGAGUGUACGAAGGUUACAGGGAUUGACAUACUUGACACUUGGCGAAGGUUUAAAGAGCUUAAGCGUGAGUGAUUUGCCAGACUUGAAUACAAUUAAUGUUGUCAAAGGGUCGGAUGCUCUAAAACAUCUUUCUAUUUCGUGGUGUCCGAACUAUGAGGUGCUUGCCCAAAAUGUGAAUUCUACAAUUGAAACUUUGGAAUUGGGAGACUUCUGGGAGGAUUUAGAUGAAUUCCCAUGGCCCUCGUCCUUUUCUUUUCCCAAUGUAAUCAACCUAAGAGUGCGGGGAUGGGAAAAGCUAAAGUGGAUAGUGGAUCAAGGACGACCUGAUAAUUAUCUCACCUCCAUCUUCCCUGCCCUGCGUCAAUUGGACAUAAUCAAUUUUCAAGGAGUGAAAUCUCUUCCCAUUUCUCUAGCACAGCUUCCAUUUCUGGAGCGGUUAUCUAUUUGGAGUUGUGGAAAUUUGGAGAGUUUGCCAAAGUUCCAUGACAACUUUCAGUUCCUAGAUAUAUUUGGUUGUCCAGUAAUAUGAGAAAGAUACAGGAAGGGAAGUGGGCCAGAAUGGUCCAAAAUCCAACACAUCAAACAAAUAGUUGGGCUUGAUUGACGAGAGUAAUGACACCUGGAGGACGAGCAGAGGAUGCCACAUUAAUUU